GUCAUAUGACUUGCAUGACUACAUGUUUGACAGUGAAGGAUACGCGAUCCUUAGGAAGACAGAAUCCCACGACUCUUAUGGUUUAUUGCAUGAAAUGUGAGAAACCUGGAAAUGAGCCGGAAGAAGUGAAGCUGCAGAAUGCCAGCAGACAGAUUGUGCAGAAUGCCAUCCUACAGGCUGUGCGGCAAGUCUCCCAGGAGAGCCAACGGAUGGAAGCCAGAAGCAGCGACAGCCGGAGUCGCUUCCAGCUGGGCAUGGGGAAGUUAACCAAGAAGCAUGAGAAGGAGUAACACAGUAGCUCUGGCUUUGGGCACACGCUUGGUUUCCAGCCUUCCUGUUAGCAUAGGACGCGUCGUCAAAUCGUUGCCAAUAAAGCAAACCAAAGUGUCACUGACACCUAGCAGUAGAACGAAUUCACACUUGCCCUUGGCUGAGAAGCAGAUUUGAAAAAGUGUGUUAGAUGAUUUGGAUCAUAUUUAUGCAGUGCCUCUGAAACCCACGGGGCCAAACAUGACCCUGUUGUUGCAGAAGUAGUUUGCAGCACAAUUAAUGUCAAAGUAAUAUUCUUUUUUCUCUUCUUUCUCCUAUCUCCUCUCCUCUCCUCUCCUCUCCUCUC